GAGUAUAUAUAUAUAUAUAUAUAUAUAUAUAGAGAGAGAGAGAGAGAGAGAGAGAGUGCUUGUGUGUGUGUGUACAUAAGUGUAUAUGAGGUCAGUAAUUUUCUUUAUGAUUAAUUUUCUUUAGUGCUGUCAAGUGUCAACUAGCUAGCCAGGCAAACUCCAAAAGGCCUGGCCUGGUACGCAGUAGCUUAAUUAGGGGGUGAGGAAACCGCCGCGGCGCAGCCAGGCCAGCAACCGCCACUAACCUCCUUCACGUAGCUUCUUUGAUUUGAAUUCGGCAAUAGACUAAUUGGGUUCUAUACAAAGAAGCUAGCUAAUUAAGAGAAAUGGAGAGCUACAACCAUCUUGCAGAGGAAGCCGUCGCCGCGAGGCAGAGGGGCAGCGGAAACAAUAACUUCAUGUACGGCGGCGGGGGGGGGUCGGUUCUAGGAAGCUACGGGAGACCCGACGAGGGAAAUAAUAAUAAUAAUAAUAAUAAUAAUAAUAACCUGCACAUAUCCACCGGGUUUCAUCUGCAGCCGGGGGGCGAGUGCUACAGUCAGUCGGAGGGACACUCUCCUCAUCAUCAGGUGAAGACGGAGGGAGAAAACGGCGCCGUUUCUCUUCACCAUCAAAUGUUUCACCAAUACCCUCUCAUCGUCCGUGACGACCACAAUGACUACCACCACCAGGCGGACGCCGCCGGAGCGGGAAACUCUCUCGGAGAAGUCGACCCGGUGAAGGCCAAAAUCGUUUCUCAUCCCCACUAUUUUAGCCUCCUAGAAGCUUUCAUCGAUUGUCAAAAGGUGGGAGCUCCGCCGGAAGUGGUGGCGCGUCUGACGACGGCAAGGCAAGAGGCGGAGGGGAAGCAGCGAGCUUCGUUCGGGUCCAUAGAUUUCUCCAAGGACCCUGAACUUGAUCAGUUCAUGGGAGCUUAUUGUGAAACGCUAGUGAAGUGCCGAGAGGAGCUGGAGAGGCCAUUUGCAGAAGCCAUGGAUUUCAUGCGGCGGAUUGAGUCGCAGCUCAACCUUUUAUGUGAUGCUCCCCUCCGCAUCUUCAACUCAGAGGGGGAUGAGAAGUACUGCGAGGGGGUAGGGUCAUCGGAGGAGGAGGACCAAGACAACAGCGGCGGGGAGACGGAGGUGAGGGACAUGGACCCGCGGGCGCAAGACCGGGAGCUGAAGAACCACCUUCUACGGAAGUACAGCGGGUACCUGAGCAGCCUGAAGCAGGAGCUGUCGAAGAAGAAGAAGAAAGGGAAGCUGCCGAAGGAGGCGAGGCAGAAGCUGCUCAGCUGGUGGGAGCUCCACUACAAGUGGCCUUACCCUUCCGAGACCGAGAAGGUGGCGCUGGCGGAGGCCACCGGCCUCGACCAGAAGCAGAUCAACAACUGGUUCAUCAACCAGAGGAAGCGCCACUGGAAGCCCUCCGAGGACAUGCAGUUCAUGGUCAUGCCCGACGGCCUCCACCCCCAAUCCGCCGCCGCCGCCGCCCUCUACAUGGACCGCCAUUACAUCCACCACCACCACCAACAUCAUCAUAAUCAUGUCGGAGGUGGAGCUCUCCCUCCCGACGCUCCUUUCCGCUAGUUUCUUGAUUUCUUUAAUUUUAUUUUGUCUGCAGCUGCAGCUUCUUCAUAUCGU